CAUAAUAACCUGCAGGGCCAUGGAGUCUACUGCCGCUGACGCUGAGCCUACGACAAUGGGCACUCCAGACGGCCCUCGCGGGUUGGUCCGCGUGGACGGCCCGACCAUCUACGUGACUGUGGCUAUCGCGGGCGUGCACAUCACCAUCGCCAAGCGUAAUCUGGAGCACUUCGAUGCCCAGGACCCCUACUUCUUUGACUCGGACUACACCAUCGCCGGCUCCACCGGCUUCCUGUUGUGGGAGGCCAACUGGCUCCUGCUACGCCUGCUACGCGGCCCGCACUGCCCCGCCAACCACCCGGCCACCACCACCCCUGCCACCACCGCAUCACCAUCAGCACCAGCACCAGCACCACCACCGCCGCCGCCGCCGCCGCCGUCAGCAGCCAGCCCACCUGGUGGCUGCAGCCAGCUCCAGCACCUGGGCAGUCUACUGGCGGGGCGGCGCGUGUUGGACCUGGGUAGCGGCACGGGGCUGGCGGGGCUGUGUGCGGCGGCGGCGGGAGCGCACGUGCUGCUCACGGACCUGGCCUCGGUGUGCAGUGGCGCGCUGCGGCAGAACGUGGCACGCAACGAGCGAGGGUGCGGGACUGGAGAGGCGGGCGGGAGUGGUGGGAGCGGCGGGGGUGUGGAGGUGGUGGGGGGAGCGGCGAGCACGCCGGGCGGCGCCGGUGGUGGUGCCGGCGGCGGCGGCGGCCGGCCGUGGGCGGGGUCGGUGCCGGUGGGUUGUGCCGGCGGCAGUGCGGCGGUGAUGGCUCUGGACUGGACGGAGCCGCUGGGGCCGCAGGUGGCGGCCAGUGGCGGCAACGACCCGCGGGAGGCGAACUUCAUACUGGCGGUGGACACCAUCUGGCUGCUGGACAUCUUCCACGCCUUCAUCGACGUCGUGCUGGCCGUGCUCUCACACACCGACAACCACACCAGCGACAACAACACCAGCAGUAGCAGCGGCAGUAGCAACGGCAGUAGCAACGGGGCUGUAGCUGCAGCUGCCGUCGAAUCGGGCGCCGACGCGGGCGCGGCGCCUGUUGGGUCCGGCAAUCCGGCCCAGCAGCCGCGUUGGGACAGUGAGGCCGGCAGCAAGGCCUGCUUCCUGGCGUUUGUGGAGCGGGCGGGCGAGGACUCCAAGCUGUUCAUCCGGAAGGAGCGGGUGGUGGAGGAGCUGCGCGGCCGCGGGUGCCGUGUGGAGGUGCUGGUGGCGGAGGAGGUGGAUGUGGACGGCGUGGGGCGGCCGGGCCGCGUGCUGCGAGUGACGCGGGCGCGGUGAGGGUGGCGGUGGUGGCGAAUUGAGAUGGCGGUGGCGGUGGUGAGGGUGAGGGUGUGGUGGUGGUGCGGCCGCCUGUGAGAGAAGGCGUGAGCACGUCGCAAGAGGUGGGGCCGUAGGGCUGGCGCCUGGCGAGGAAGGAGGGGGGCUUGCGUGCACUCGCUAGCGGGGUGCGGCGGUGACAGUUGCAUGUGGAGUGCGGUGGUGGUGUGCUGGGUGCGGGGCGGGCGGCUCGUCGGCUGUGCGGCAGCGCAUGGCUGACCAUGGCAGUAGCUGCGAAUGCUAGUGCCAGGUUGAGACUUCCGGUGAAAGGCUUGUAGCAUGUGUCAUACCCCAUGGCGCAAUUUCCAUUCCAAAUGCCGGCAUAAUCGCUGAUGAGCCUCAGGAUGACGGCACAGAGCCGCAGACACAGUGGCAUGCAUGUUGAAAGGCGCGACCGCGACCGCGCGAGGCUCUUGGCUACACUUCG